AUGGAAGCAGCAAAAGCAGUUACAAAUAUGGUUGAUGGUGGUCCUUGGCUUGCGAGGUGUAUCAGAAGGUGGGCGAAUAAAUGUAUGAAAAAGGAAUUAAUUGAACCAGACCUUCGAGGUAGAUUCCCGUCAAAAAGUUUUCUUCAUGAUGAGUUGGUUUCCAUCCAGUUGGCAGCCUAUUUACGUUCUCAAAAGUUUAAAGUAGACCCUAUCAUGGUCAAGGACUACUUUGAACAAAAUAUUCUUCCCCAGCUAAACAUCGAAUCUGUUCAAAAGAUUUCAGUCCGAACUUGCCGUCGAUGGAUGCAUAAACUUGGUUUUAGGUAUCAACGUUACCAAAAAGGUACAUAUGUAGAUGGUCACGAAUGCCCAGAUGUUGUCGAAUAUCGUCAAAAAUUUCUUGAAGAGGAGCACGUAUGGGUGACUCACGACGAAACUACUUUUUAUGUUUAUGAUGGGCCGCAUUCUGUAUGGGGUCUGGGAAAAGAGCAACCAUUGCGAAAAAAAGGGUUGGGUUCUGCUGUAUAUGUGAGCGACUUUAUAACAGAAACCAUAGGGUCACUUAAAGACGAACAAGAAGAAGCGCGCGUAAUGAUG